CGAAGCGUCACGUUUCCACGCGCGAGGACAUGGCCCAGGCGACGUUAGUUAGAAAGCAACAGCGAAUGAGGCAAAAACAAGCGCGGGAAACCGCAACUUCACGCUGACGCCGAUUUAAAAAGCCCUUCGCAAAAAAGUUUCGCCGGUGACGUCAGAUGUAACGGACGACGCUUCCCGGUGUGCGUGUUUGUUUGUCUUUAAUCAUUAAAACCGGACGGAAUGGGGGCCAAACAGAGCAGUCCCGCUGAAAACGGCCGCACUCGAGCGUACUCCGGCUCGGAUCUCCCGUCGAGUAACGGCGGCAGAACGGCGGCUGUGGCGAUGCGGUUUCCCGCUCACGGCGCCUCAGGUGCUUCAUCUUCAUCGGCGUCGUCCUCAGCGGCGGUGGCCUCGCACUAUACCGGCUCCAGGACGCGCUCCGUCGGGGGAGGCACUGGAGGACCGGCCGCAAGACCCCAGUCGAGCAUUAAUAUACCGACCUCGGGAGCGUACAGUUCUCAGGACUCCGGUAACAGCACACCGGAGGAGAACGGCGGAGAGAGAGAGCGGUCCACCGGCGCUCCGAGGCUCUUGAUCGGAUCUUUACCUGCUCACCUGUCGCCUCAUCUCUUCGGAGGUAAGAGUUACGCAAGUCCACCUAAGCAACAACCAGUUUGUGUUCAACCAGAUGUUUAA